CUCUUUUCUUGUCCGUGCGGGGCCCAUCGCUUCGUCUCCGCGCUCCCCGAUUCGUCGCCGACGACGCCAUGCCCAGCCUCCUCCGACGAGCCCGGGGGCGACGACCGCAGCGCAGCUCAGUCGGCGGCCGGAACGAGGGAGAAGCGGCGGCUUAGGGUGCCGGCUCCUCAUCUCCCCCACCUAGGAGGGCGCCAUGGAGUCCGUGGAUCUGAUUGCCGCCUGCCUCGACUCCAUACGCCAGAUUGGAGACAAGAUUGCAGAUGCAGAUGUUGAUUCGGGCACUGAGGCGUUUCAGUUCAUAGGAGCGUUUCAUCUGCUUCUCGAGCUCGGUUCUCGUGCUAUGUGCAGCUUGAAGAUUGCAUCGCCUCUUGAUGCUCUUUGGCACUCAAGAUUUUCUCAUCCAUUAAGGAAGGUUGUAUUGCUUACAUCCCUCCUUAGUGAUGCACAUUGGUAUAUUCUGCGAUGCCUGGGCAACCAUGGAACUGUUUCACAUUGUACUGUGCUGACAGCUAUUUCUGAGUUUGGCCACUCAGCAAGUCAGCAUACGUUGAUUCUCCACUUGGGCCAGAUGCUUGACAUUACUCGUUCCGGACCAUGAGGAGCUUUUUAAAGAGCAUGAGAAAUCAAACAAAAAUAAAGGCACUAUUAGUUAUGCAGGGAGUGAUUUGACCUCAGAGGCUGAUAAAUAUUCUGAAUGGGGUUCUAGAGUCCAUUAUGGAUCAAAUUCUGAAUCCAUCCGGAUGGAAAGGAAUUUUUUUAUGGCAACUUAGGCCAGUUAGAAGCAAGCGGAAAGAGGCUGUCUGUAACUGUGUCUCACUUUCCAAUAUUUUUUUCUCCUAUUUCCUCAAGAGCUUUCGUUCUUCCUUCUGAUGGCAUCAUUGCUGACUCAUGCGUGUCGAAUCGAUUCCCUUGGCCCUGGUCUACCCUCCAUAUCUACUGGUAAAGCUUUUGAAA